AUGGCUUCGGGGGAAACACUCCGCUCCUCAUCUUUCAGUUUUCUUUCUGGUCGCUCCACAGCUUGCAUGAUUGUCCCCGAAAUGUGCCAGGCGAUUUGGGAAGUGCUUCGGCCGGUUUACGUAUCACGGCCGUCAAUUCCAGCUGAAUGGCUAAAGGUUGCGAGAGAGCUUGAGGAAAAGUGGGACAUGCCACAUUGCCUUGGUGCAAUAGAUGGCAAGCACGUGAAUGUUGAUUGCCCGGUAAACUCGGGAAGCCGAGACCAAAAUUACAAAAAUACGUUCACGAAAUCACUGCUCGCUGUGAGCGACGCAAACUACAGCUUCCUGUAUGUUGAAAUCGGUCACCAUGGAAGCGAGUCAGAUGUUGGGAUCUUCAGCAAGAGCAACCUGCAAGGAAAAAUUAUUGAGGACAGCCUGGGAGUUCCUGCGCCUGCAAGUCUUGGGAGGAUAGGCAGCAUUCCUUAUUUUUUUGGUCAGUGA